AUGCCGACCCAACUGGAAGAAUUGGUAUCAUUUUUACACUCUUCACAGCCAGCUGUGAGACAAAUAGCGCUAGAUAACGUGGUGGGAUUCAGCACCGGUUCAAACGCUGCGAUCUUCAAAUAUGACAACUACAGAGCGAUUAAAGACUUGAAAGAAUUGGCGAGAGAGAAUUCCAGACUUUUGGUACAACAGUCGGUCACUAUAUUGGCGAAUUUGUGCGAUGAUCCAACAAUGAGAAGGUUGAUCGCUGAUGACAGCGAUUUUGUCGAGUUUUUGACGUGGAAGAUUUGCGACCUCAACAACUCAAGCGCUGAUAUUAUGUGCAUUUUGCUCACUAAUUUGGCCAAGGAAGAAUGCAUAACACGUAUUUUCGGUUUGGUCAAGAAAAGUGCGGUUGACGCAGGCUUGGACACAACCGUUUUCAAAAGCGGGAAAGUAAUGGACUGUCUCAUGGACUGCUUUGUCAAAGGCCCCGACAGAGCGUUGAACAAGUUUGCAAACUACGAUUAUUUGGCGUAUUUUUUCGCGGAUAUCUCGAGGUUUCGCAAGGGAAGAGAGUAUUUUAUUCAGAAACAAGAAUACGACGGAGUCGUGCCAGUAUCAAAGCUCCUGGUCUUCACGGAAAAAUACGACUCAAAGACCAGACGUGAAGGUGUUGCCUCCACAAUCAAGAACUCUCUUUUCGAUUCAGAGAAGCAUGAAGAGCUGUUAACGAACGAAAACAUCAAUUUGUUACCAUACAUCCUUUUGCCAAUUUCUAGCGCAAAGGAUUCCGAAAUAGAUGACGAAGAUAUGUUCAAAUUGCCAGACGAGCUGCAGCUUCUUCCGGAGGAUAAAAUAAGAGACCCUGUUCCUGAGAUCAUUUGUGUGCAUUUGGAGAGUCUCUUGCUGCUGUGUACCACCAAGGUUGGCAGAGAAUUCCUCAGAGAGAAAUCUGUGUAUCCUCUUAUCAGAGAAUUAGAAAAAAAUGUCGACAACAACGACAUUAGCGAGCUUUGCGACCGCGUCGUCAACAUGCUCAUGAGAGGAGAAAUCGGGAAUGAUCAAGUCGAAGAAUUGCCCACCAGAAACGCAGAGGAUGCUCAAGAGGACGGGGAUAGCGAGGAAGAAGAUGAUGAUGAUGACGCGAUUGUGGAGGUUGCAUAA